ACCCCCAAAGCCAAAAGACUGAGUUGGCCCCUCGUCUCUCCUGUGCCCCUUGCCUUUCUUGUUCCGUUCUUCUGCCACCAAGCGCCAACAUAACCCUAGAUACAUGGCUGGCGGCGGCGGCUGAUUAGCACUUCAACCACAAAACACAAGAUCAGAAGUGAGCGGCGAUGGACAUGAACAGCUUCAACAAGAUGGGGGAUGAUCCCAUCUGCAGCGGGUGGAAGGGCACAUACGGCAUGAGAGGCGGCAAAAUGGACGGCAAUGAGAUGGCCGACAGGUCAUAGCUUGAUGGAAAUUACAGCGCAUUCGUAGAGAAAGAGCAUGUGUUCAGCCUGCGCGCUACGAUUCCAGCCUAUACGGCUAUUCUUGAAGAUGGCAGUAAGGUUGAGAUGGAGGAUAAAAACCAUGUUUUGUCCGUGAAUGUUGUGGGUGGCUACUUAGUCAAACAUUUAAUGGAUGAUCUUGCAAGCAGAACAAUUUGGGGGAGUUGUCAAGAGCCGAUAUGCUGGUUUUGGGAUCGAGAAAAUAAGUAUCUACAACAGAUUAUCACAAACACUGAUCUUGACAACGCAUUUCAGAUGUAUUGGACAAGUAAAGUGCUGACAUUGGUUGUACAAUUUGAACUGAAACCAGGUUAUGUAAGGAGCAUAUCAGUGGAGGAGAAAUUGUUGGGGAAAUUGCCAUGCACCAAAAAUGCAAGUCAAUAUGUGGGGGAUGUCGAUCCUACUAUGAUGUAUGAUGCUGAUAUUUUUGUUGGUGAUGAGCAAUUUUAUGCUGCCUUGGGAUUUAGGGAUGGCGCUCAGGAAGCUCCUCAGGUGGAACAGGUUACUGAGGCUGAGAUCUGUGAGGCGCAAAUUUUAGUUGAUGAUGAUGCAGAUUGUGAAGCUAGCAUAGUGGUUGACAAGGAAAAUCCCAAAAUUGAGGUUGGUGAAUCUUUUCCUACAAUGCAUGAUUUUAGGAUGGCUUUGAGACAACACGCAAUCAAGAAAGAGUUUGAGGUACACAAUGUGGUGACUAAUAAGACAAGGUAUCGAGCUGAAUGCAAAGCAGAGGGGUGUGGUUGGAGAAUCGUGGCUCGUAAACUACAGCGUCAGCCAACUGUUGUGAUUUCAAUGAUACCUUGUAGUCAUGAUUGUAUUUCUAGUAGUAAAUUAGUAAGCUCAAUGGCAUCUAAAAAAUGGAUUGCUGAGAAGGCUAUUGCAUGGUUAAGGAAGAAUCCAAACCUUGGAGCAAAGGAUUUGCAAAAUAAACUCAGUGAACUUUAUAGUGUUGAGGUUACCUAUGGGACUGCAUGGGCAGGUAGGCAAAAAGCUCUAGAUAAGAUUUAUGGGAGCUGGGAUGACAGUUUUCAAUCCUUGUUUAAUUUUAGAGCUGAACUUCUUUCAAAAUCUCCAAGAUCCAUUAUGGAGAUUGACACCAUUCACAAUGGAGAUGAGGUUCAGUUUGACAAGUUGUUUGUUGCUUUGCAACCAUGUAUAGAUGGCUUCAAAAAUGGGUGUAGGCCUUACCUUGGUAUUGACUCAACAGCCUUAACUCGGAGGUACAAUGGGCAAUUAGUAGCUGCCUGUGCAUUGGAUGGGCAUAAUUGGAUGUACCCUAUUGCAUGGGGUAUCAUUGGCUCAGAAUCUAAAGAUAACUGGACUUGGUUCAUGUGGCAGCUCAAAAAGGUAAUAGGGCAACCACCAGGACUAGCAAUAUCUUCAGAUGCAUGCAAGGGCCUAGAUGGUGCAGUCAAGAUGGUAUUUCCUAGCAUUGAGCACAGGGAGUGCAUGAGGCAUCUCUGGACAAAUUUCAGGAAGAAGUAUCGUGGUGAAGUUUUUGACAAGAACAUGUGGCCGGCUGCUAGGGCAUACAGACGUGACAGUUGACAGAUUGAGGCAAAUGACAAUGGAAUUAUGGGAAAAGAGGAGAAAGAUUGCAGAUAAGCUCUCUGGCAAUAUUCUUCCUGCUAUUAUGAGUCAACUUAAAGCUAAGACUAGAGCUUUGGGGCAAAUGUCAGUCUGCAAAAAUAGACACAAGGCUGAGAUUUUUGGCAGUUACCAGGACAUGACACCUUGGCGUCAUGUUGUGGACUUGCAUGAACACACUUGCAGCUGUAGAGCAUGGGAAGUGACUGGAAAGCCUUGUCGUCAUGCUCUGGCUUUCCUACAAACGGAGAGAAAUGUUGAUUUGGACUCAUUUGUCCAUGAAUAUUACUCAGUGGAGAGGUUCAAGAUUGCAUAUAGUGGUACAAUUCCAACAAUAACCGACAAGUCUCAAUGGCCUAAAUUAAACUUGGGUUUCAAGUUACUGCCACCCAAAUUGAAAAUUGGGCCAGGAAGAAAACGAAAGAACAGAUUUAAGGCAAGCCAUGAACCAGGUGCAAGGAAACUGGACAAAUGCAAAACAUGCGACGAAGUUGGACAGCAUGAUCCCAACUGUGGUGUUCCAAAAAAAAAGGCAAGUAGGAAAAUCAGUUGUGCCCAUUUUUCUAAUGUACUGCAUCUGACAAUUUUUUAUGCAGGAAGGCACCUUCUAAACCAAAGAAUAUGGCGGCUAGGCCAAAUAUACUACCCGUUGAUAAUAUUUCUCCAAGAAGUAUUGUCCGAAGAAGGAUUUCUUUGUUAAAGAGAGACCAAGAGUAUGCUGCAGGACCAUCUACUGCCACUAACCCAGUCAAGCGCCUCUUUGUUCUAUCUCAGGAAGAAGGGGUUGCAUCUUCAGUUGGGAAAAAAAAUGAUGCCGUAGUACUACAUCAUCAGCAUGGAAUUUGUGUGAUAUUUUGUGAUCCAUGCAGUUAGUAGUUCUUUUGAGAUGCCUCAACAACUAACAUGGUUGAGAUGCAGCUUACCUUUCCUUUUGUUAAGCAUGUCGAUGCUUCUUUGAUCUGAAAGACCCUUUAGUUUUUGUUGUAAGGGCUCAGCUCAUCUGAAUGUUUAUGGCUGCAGUAACAAUAUGUGUAUUGUGCCUAUCUGAACCUUUGGUAUUCUGGAACAUAGAUCUCUAUAUAAAUGCA